CAGUGACGCGGGACUAAGCACAGUUAAGCCAUAUACUGUAGACCUGCAUCUACAUCCAUUAUAAAACGUGUAAUAAUGUUUGAAAAAAUUACAUCUUGACUGCUUAUAACUGUACAGUGCACCAUCUGCGUUAUGCGCAUUUACACUUGUGGACCAGUUGCUUUACGGAUUGGGCCUACCGUGGUUGAGGCGGCCGCGGAAAUAUGUAUCGUACAUACCGACGUGAUAUACGAGAAACUUGUUAAAAGGUUUGCUACGUCGCCGAAGCAACGAAUUACUGGCAGGUCACUCUGGUCUCGUGGGUUGAAUGUGAAGAGCAGUGAAGAGCGAUAAAACCAGUAGUAACUGCAGUAAAUUGUAGUGAAGAGCAGGACGAGUACCAGUACCAGCCGCAUCGGUUGGUUGUGGCGGAACAAAAAAAAAGUGAUUGCUGGGAGUGAGCUGGCCAUCUUGCGAAGAUAUGUUGUGUCGGAGCAAACGUCAACAUAAUAGUGUUUAUUAUACGAUACAUGCCGUGAGCUCUUAUUAAUUUUGUGCCAAUUUACGUUAUUGGGGUGUGACACUGUGGCGUUUUGAAACGUGUGCACGAUUUCGACGAGACGGAUUUGACAAUGAAUCGUACAGACGGUCUGGUACAACGGCGCAGAGUGGUUAAUAGCGGCAGUGCUAGUGGACUUGGCCAAGACGACUCGCCUGAACAGGCAUCUGCAAAUUCAGACAAACUUUCUGGCCAUGGAGCAGAUUCUGAUAGUUCCUCCCAGAAGGAUCUCAAUUCAAAUCCUACAGUUGACGAGGACUCUGAUAAGGAGACUCGACUUACGCUUAUGGAAGAGGUUCUUUUAUUAGGACUCAAGGAUAAGGAGGGUUACACAUCAUUCUGGAAUGACUGUAUAAGUUCAGGGCUGCGUGGAUGCAUUCUGGCUGAAUUAGGUCUCCGUGGCCGAGUAGAACUGGAAAAGGCAGGAAUGCGUAAAAGAGGAUUAUUGGCCCGAAAGCUUUUACUAAAAAAUAAUGCACCCACGGGUGAUGUAUUGCUAGAUGAAGCUUUGAAACACAUCAAAGAGACUGAUCCUCCAGAAACAGUUCAAAGUUGGAUCGAAUAUCUCAGUGGUGAAACGUGGAAUCCAUUAAAACUGCGAUAUCAGCUGAAAAAUGUUAGAGAAAGAUUAGCAAAAAAUCUAGUUGAAAAGGGUGUGCUGACGACCGAGAAACAAAAUUUCCUAUUGUUUGAUAUGACAACCCAUCCACUUACGGACAACCUGGCUAAGACGCGCCUAGUUAAAAAGAUUCAAGAAGCUGUUCUUGGUCGUUGGGUAAACGAUGCCGGACGUAUGGAUCGACGAACCUUGGCAUUAGUGAUUCUAGCUCAUGCCGCUGACGUCCUGGAAAAUGCAUUUGCACCUUUAUGCGACGACGAUUAUGAAGUUGCGAUGCGACGAGUGAGAACUCUCUUGGAGCUUGAUUUCGAGGCAGAAGCUGCGAAACGUAAUGCUAAUCCCGUUCUCUGGGCCGUAUUUGCAGCAUUCACCAAGUAACAUCCCUUUCAUAAUCUAGGAGUAUAAGGAACGAGUACUGGAUACUGUCGUGAAAAGUGGGAUUAUCAUUUUUUGUAUGUCCGCGGAAAAAACGGCCGUCAAUGCAUUCGUACAGGAAACUCCAAGUAACCUGUAGUGAACAGUGUGAGCGGUUUAGUGUUUUUUCGAAUGUAAGCGGGUUGCAUUGUUAUUAUUUAAAAUGUUUUAUCGAUAUCAGAACUGUCCAUAAAUAAUAAAAAAGAGGAUGAUACAUCAGAAGUAUAUAACGCGUUUAAAAGCGCGAGUGAAUAGAUCAAGCGUGCUUGUGAUGCGAUGCCAAUUUUACAAGAAGACUGUCUAUAGACAUUACGUUUUGUCCCAUACCUUAUUAGUAUCCAUAACUCCAAUCUGCGCCACACUCUUGGCGAUUCUUUAACUACACCAACUUUCGGAGUUACACUUAUUUCAGCAUGCGACCUUUUGCGCUAUGAGAAAUUAACUUGACCUAGUCGGCCAGCCUGUGGCACCGUAAAGUGGCAGUAUGGUACCAAAAGUUUAUCAAGUUGCAAUACGUCAAAUAAUAAUGUUUUCCAGUGUCGUUGCUAUUUCGUUCUGUUAAAAGGAAUCGUAAAAAUCUGUUCAGUUCAGCGGUGCAAAGUGGAUAAAGGUUGUAAUUCUUUAUACGUUCUUUAUUCGAUUCUGGUAGCGCAUAUAAAAAUGAAAAUAAUUUAUGAUCAUUUAAGUUCAAGUGAACAUCAACAUUUGAAAACCUACUACUUUAGUUGAUUCUCCAUUAGUAAAAUCACAGCAUUCACCAAUGUAGUGGAGUGACGUGUAUCAUUUCAUUGAUAUUUUAUAAUUUUAGUUAAAACGCAUCACGAAGCUGAAUAAUUUUACCCACGUACUUGCACGUUGUAAAGAACUCAUAUAGCACAACUCAUAUAGCAACAAAUCCUACAUAAAUAUAAGUUGAUUAAUGUUAUUACUUACAACAUAAUUAUUGUUCGUUAAACAUAAACGUACCGAAUUCUGAAAUUUGCCUACUUCAAUAUUUGCUGGUCAAAUACACGACGGUAAAUGAAUUAUUACAAGAUGCAUUCUAUUUUCAUGACAACAUUGUCCUGUUACAGUAUCGUAAAAUAAAAGCAUUGAACAAAUAAAUAUAUAUACUGUUUAAGACAUUAAGGAUGUAGGGUCUAUAUCUGCAGUGCCAUUUGUAUCAAUUACGUUUUUUUUUCUAUUGGUAAUAUACAAGUAUCCUACUGCCACUUGAUCACUUCCCGAACUUUCAAAUAUCCGUAUUAGUCGGUGCUGUGAUCACGCAGGGCUGUGUAUUAUGCAAAAAAAACUUAAAUCUACAGCUUCAUAAUCUUUUGUACUUCAGUAACAAACUGAUUUCUUUCUUGACCAUGAGACACAAUCACAAACAUAACUAACAUCAUUCAGAUAGUACAUUUUCGAAUGAUCAUUGUUUGUAAAAUUAAAAUAGCUUUGUUACUGAUGUUUGAAAACGUAUUGUCAACAAUUUUCAACAAGGUGUGUUGUGCAAUUUAGCUAAAUGGCUCUGCCACGUACCCUUAGGGUUAAAUAAACUAGCUUGGUAAACACUUACGAAAU